CGCGAAAGUGGACUACAAAUGUGUGCUCCGACUGAGCCGUCGACAGUAGUACAACCACCGAAUAAAAAGGCUGAAUGGGAACAAUUAGUACAGGUGGAGGUCUUUGCACCUGCGAGCCGGAGGUAGCCCGACAACAAAGACAGCUGCGAGCUUCUUUGUCCUCCUACUGCCGUGUCGUCACUCGCCCUGCACAAUAAAUAUUUACAAAGAUUAGAACGUUUGAGAAAGGUAUAACUAUUUUGAAGAUUAUGCUCCUCAUAAAUAUGAGGUAAGUUACGGAAAAAAUUAAAAGCUGACCUGCAGGGGGAUUGAUGUGACGUUUAUCACAAACCACCUGUUGCCGCUUCUCUCCCCUUGAAGAAAACUUUCAAGAAGUUUCAAAACAUUUAAUAAUUUUGUAACUAUUUGCAUAUUAUGCCCCCCAUAAACAUGAGGUCAGUUAUGUUAAAAUUUUAAAAAAUAAAACUGGACUGCUGGCGGAAUAAUGUGAUCAAGCAACUACGACAAACUGUUGCCGCUUCUCUCCCCUCGAACAAAACUUUCAAGAGUUUCAAAAGAUGGCGGCACGGAGCACGUACUCUCCCGUGUCAGUAAACGACACAGGUCAGGCCAGAGCUUUGAGAAGGGCUGAAUCUAAAACUUCAGUGACGAAACCUCGUCGCCCUUUGAGUGUGUGGACAUUUUCGUUGGUUAUCAUCGGCUUAUGUGUGCUGUUUCUCCUUGGAUUUUGUCUCGGAUUUUACGUAAGAGAGAGCCAGAGUCAAAUCACCAACAUAGAAUUUUCAAAGUGUGACGGAGUGCUUCAGGAUGAUUCCGAGCAGUCAAAACUUGCGGCAUUGCACGAGGAUAUCAUGUAUCGCAUUCGUGGGGAACAUGUCUUGAAAUUCUCGCAAGAGUUUAGCUAUCAGGAUCCAGUGUCUGACAGUCUGUUCGAGCACAGAUUAGAGCAGCAUGUUCACCAGGUUUUGGAGCAACUUACAUUGGACGACCUCCAUGUUGAGGAGCAUGAGGUCAUGGUGACUUAUUGUGACCCUGGUCAACCUAAUCAUCUCCAGGUAUUUCACAAGGGCAAUGACACUGUACUAGAAAGCAUCAGGCUUACAAAUGCUGGUGAUGACACCCAUACCCUUGCCUCACAAACCAUCACAGAAAAUUGGAAAUACCCAUUUGUGGCCUUCUCACCUGCAGGCAUAGCUGAAGGAGCUCUGUUGUAUGGUCAUUAUGGAAGUGAAUCAGACCUUCUGGUUUUGCAAGCUAAAGGUGUGGUUCUCAAGAAUCGUAUAAUCUUGCUCAGAGCUGGGAAAUUGUCUCUUGCAGAAAAGGUACAAAAUGUUGCUGAUGAGGGUGCAGUGGGUGUUAUUGUGUACUGGGACCCAGCAGAUGCUUCUGACAACCCUGACACUCCCUCUAAUAUUUCCUAUAUUCCGUAUGCUGCUGCUGCCAUAUAUACCACAGACUCUUCACACUUGCUGGUGCCCAGGAUCCCUGUUCAAACCAUUUCCAUGGAAACAGCCACAUUAUUAUUUAAAGUCUUGUCACAGGAAGAAGGAAGUGUUGUGGCACCAACUACAUGGUCAGGAAGACUACAGGUCACUUAUACCAUUGGAACGAAAUACAACAAUGGUAACAUCUCACUGCGUAUGACAACCUUCAACAAAGAAAGACAAGUGACAGUGAAGAAUAUUGUAGCCAACAUUCAUGGCACCAGUGAAAAGGAUCGUUAUGUGGUGAUUGGAGCUCCACGAGCUUCAUUACUGGGUGCUUCACAAGAUGCUGUUAUUAGCACCAACCUCCUCCUACAGUUGGCAAAUGCUUUGAACACUGCGUAUAGUCUCAAGAAGUGGAAACCUAAGCGUGGCAUUCGCAUUGUGUCCUGGGGGGGCGCAGACCUGGCAAACAUUGGCAUGCUGCAGCAUAUUGUGAAACAUCAUCACUUGCUGUCCUGGCGUGCAGUGGCUUACUUUGAUAUCCGUAGCCUAAUGGUGGGUACAGACAUCAUCACAGCUCAGGUACCCCCAGGGCUGUUUCAGGUCAUCAAUGAGGUCACAUUGAUGGUGCCAGACCCAAAUGAUGCAGAUCACACAAUCCAGUCAUCAUGGCAGGAGAUGUUGUCUGAUAACCAAGUGGACGCCCGGUCAUCAGCCGUUCCCCUGGCCAGUUACCAUGGUGACCACUCGGCCUGGCCCUUCCUACAUGUUGUUGGUGUUCCUACAAUCAGUCUGCAGUAUAGAGACAUGAACAAUUUCGUUAAUGGCCUAACUGUGCCUGUCUACUCACAAGUUGAUAGUGAACAUCACUUCAAGUAUCACAUUGCUGUUAUGCGUGUGAUGGUGCAGAUCUUGGUUAGCAUGGUCGAUGAUCAAAUUAUCCCAUAUUCAUUGUCUGGUGCAGUCAGUGAACUUUCAGCCAUCCUGUGGCAGACUUCAGAAUUUUUGAAUGAAUGUUCACAAUCCAUGCAUGACUUAGAAGAUUCACUGAACUUGUGUUCUGAAUUGGAAGCAACUACCAAAGUAUUUGAGGACUUCAUUGAAAUUUACCUUAAAAAAAAGGACCUGCUGUCGUUGAGAAUGGUGAACGAUGUGAAAAUGAUGUUCGAUAAACUCUUUAUCAUAUACAGAAAAGGCAUUCCUCGGCACAUCCUUUACCCUCUGGAUGAACGCAACAUCAUGGAGGAAGUGUUGGAUCUCUGUAGUGCUGGUGGGAUAGCAGAUAUUUGGGAAAAAACCCACGAGUUUGAAGACUCUACAAAGACUGUUUUGUUACAGGCCCUCUUAGCACUGAGAGCAGCAAACUGAUUUGUGGACAUGUUCUCUGCCUACAUAUCAUUGUGUCAGUAUCCAGAAUCAUGUCGGAAAGUUAUUCUGUUGAAUCAUUAUUCAGUGGAUUAUACAAGUCACAUCCAUUGUGCAUUGACAGUAGCUCAAGAAAAUCUGAACUACAUGGACUGCUAACAAGAAGCAUUACCAAGUUUCUUGUUUGGAUGACUUGUGUGCCCUCUAAGGUCAUAAUACUCUUGUCCUACUUAUUUUCUUCUUGCUGCAUUCCUGAUCAGGAAUCUGGCAACUGUAUAGUUGAUAAAAUAUCUUUAACAAACUGUGGCAGCUUUCCAUAUGUAUACAAAAGCACUGAAAUGUUGGGAUAGUUAUGCAAUGAAAGCCUUAUGUACAAAUUAUUGCAUUGUUCGUAUAUUAUUGGAUUAGUAUCCAGUAUUCUCAAGAUCUUCAUUGUACAGGACUAAUUACUGGCUAAAUCCAUAGCAUCCUUAGGAAGUGAUGUACAUAUUCUCACAUUCCCACCCACCCCUAUUCCCUCCAAUAUACAUAUGCCUUUUUUUGUCUUUCAUUUGCUCAUACAUACACAGAACAUGCACAUGUAUUCAUUCUUCAUUUUCAUUUUCUUUCCACGCAAACACUAUGCAAAUCCAUGCAGGCUUCAUUUGGGCCAUUCGUAUGUUAGUCUUUUGUAGUUAACGUUUUACUUAAUGGCAAUGACUUCUAAGGGCUAGCCCAGUCAUUUUUCUGCUUAUUGAUAUGAUCUGAUGAAAAGUGCAUUUGCUUUUAUUACAUAUCACACUUGAGGGCAGAAAAUGACUAAAUGGUAUACAUUCCAACAAUUAAAUAUCAUUACAGUUGACCAAGAAACUUUUGUCAUAAAUUAUUUUUAGUAUUCAUUGUGUGAAAUAGGAUUAUACUGCAGCUUUAAAUGGUAAAUGCCUUUGCUUUUUAAAACAUUUGACCUAAUAAAAAGGCAUUUAUAAACUGCUUUACAAAAUGUGAACUAGAGGGGAGAAAAACUGCCAUUUAAAUUACAAAGCCACACCAUGCAUUGGAAAGGUGAUGGGAAAUUUUGUCACAGACUUUUGCAUUUGAAAAUGUGGCUGAUUGGGUCAAAUUAUUUCGUUUCAUCUUAUUUAUUCCUUAGUAAUAAGAAACCAAUUUCAGAUAAAAGCAUGUGGCUAACUAUUUUUGUCAAACUAUAAGAAAAACACUUGGUAUUGAAAAAUCACUCCAGAAACUUAGAAGGAUAAAAUUACAUGGGAGAAGUGUCAUCUUAAUAGCAAAUACAAAGGAGUAUUAACCUGUCACUGCUCCAUGCCAUGAAAUGAGACAUAUUUUAACUGCAUUUAAGAAAGGUUCCUGAUAUGAGACAACUGUAUGAUAAAAUUAUGUGGCCAUGAUAUAUGUCAAAAUUCUUUGUUUCCAGAUUCUACACAACUUUGCUCAAAUAACAUCAUACAGAACUUGAGUAGAUUCAGUUCAUAUUUGUUUUAAACAAAGUGUAAUAUGGAAUAAGACUGCAUUGAGGAGAAUUUAAAUGAUUCUGUCAGUGACACAGGAUUAUUGAUGCUUGCAGACCUGAGCAGGAAAUUGAAAAUUUGAAUGGUUUUAGAAAAAGUAAGAGAGAGAAUGUGUGCGUGCGCAUGUGAUCCAUGUACAAGAAAGGGGGUGAACACAUUGGUUGUGUGUUCAUCUUCCAAAAACCAGCCAUAUCAUUUGAUCCAUCAAAAAUUUAUUUGUGAGUUCAGUUAAUAACUGCUGUUGUAUACUAACAGUACAUCUUCUAGUCCCUCAAAAUUCAAAUGUGUGAAUGAGUAAGAUCUCAGCUGGUGUUGGCUUUUAAACUAUAUGCAUGUAUAUAAUCUUUGUUGUGUAGUAUUGGUCAUCAGCAGAGCAGUAAAGUGUUUCUUGAACCUUUAUCCAUUUUUUAUGGCUUAUUUCUUUAACAAUCUGUGCUCUUUAGUUAGUUACUGCCCGUUAUGCCGGUCUGCACGUAGGGCAGCAACAAAGGUCCUCCACUUUUGUCUGUCCUGGGCUAGCUUCCCCACAGUGCCCCAGCUGUGGUUUAGGGUCUUCAUUUCUUCGUGCCAUUUGUUAUAAUAAUUAAGUUGUGCCUUACAUUACAAUGAAAUCUGUGGUUGUGUGAUCUACUUUUUAUAAAUAAUAUGGUUGUGUAAAUGAAAGAAGGGAUGUAAAAUAUGAUAGUUUUUUAAAAAAACCAGUUUAAUAAGUUUUCCCAUAGUAAGGUAUUUUUGUCUUUUUGCACAAGUGUAGUACUUCAUUACCCCAUGUUUUUCUUUAGCUUCUGUUAUUAAAAUCCAGGAAGAAUUAUCCAUUAUCUUAUUGCAUUCUUUUUAAAAGUACAUUGGUAAACACCCACAAGAAACUUACAAAGUAGUUCUUCUGAGAACUGGCUUUGUGUACAUUCAAAUUAACAUUUCUAUCACUUUGCUGAAACAUUUAUGUUCUAAUGUUAUGCAUAUUCAUUGACUGUAAGUGUUGAAAUCAUUGACUUCGUCUAAUUUUCAUCAAUUAAUUAUCAUCCUUUCUUUUUACACUAACAUCUUGACCUGAAGCUGAUGUUCAGCACUUAUAAAUUGAUAAGACUUUUCAUCGUGGUCCCAAGUGUCUAUUAAGUAUCUUUCUUUCUAUAAUUGGUUUCAGUUAUUUUACUUUUUGUUUUUGCAAUAUUUUGUACAUUUUCAAGUCCACGUUGACUUUCAUUCUUCUGUCCUGUUAUUGAUAUUUCUGUGGUUUGCCCUGUUCUGCCCAGUGUACUACUACUGACUUUUUUAUACUGCAUAUGUAAAAAAAAAAAAAUUUAAAAAGAGAUUUUACAUAUUUAAUUGGGAGAUAAAUAAUCUUUUGCAAUGAUAGCCAAAAAUAUUUGAAUUCAUUUUUAUUGAAUUUAAAUGUUGUUAUUAAUUUAUGCAAAUAAAAUCUUUUUUUUUUUAAUGUC